AUGCUACUGUUAUUCAGCAAUCCUAGUUGGACGGGUGGUCAUUCGGUUCCCAGCACUAUCCUCAGAAAUAUUACCGCAUUAUCAAGCCAUAUAGCAUAUUCCGAGGAUCUACUUCAAAACAUCACGACCCUCUCCACUACUUCGGUUUCAACGCCAAAUGGGGUCAUCCAGGGUCUGCUCUACGUGCCAGACCUCGGCGACAAUGAUCCGUGUCAGGAAGAGGCGGCAAAAUACAUUCCAUCGAAUGUCACACGACAAGUGAAUUUGCCGCCUACGAAUUACAACCUUAUUGCUUUGGCGCCGUGGAUUAACACCGAGUGUACCCAGGCAUUUCUUGCCUCGGCUAGGUUGGACCCCAUCCGAGGGAUGCUUGUUUAUCGUCCAGAUAACGACACCAGUCAGCCGCCAGACGUCGGCGACGAUGUUUGGGACCUAGGGGAUGGAGAAAUGUGGAAGACGCAGAACCGAUACCCCGUCUAUGCGAUCCCCGGUGCCUCCGGACAAGAGAUGAUGAGACAGCUGAGUCUUUAUUCUGGUGAUCUGUCUCAAGUCCCAUUUAGCAAUCAGAUUAUUUCUACGUAUUCCCCGAACCCAGCGGAUUACGUACGGGUAUGGACGGAAUUAACCGUAAUUACCGUAUCAACGACUCUCCCGCUCUGGGCAUUUGUUCUGAUUAUUCUUGGUGUAAUCGUUGCCAUCAUAGGCAGUACAUCGUUGCUCAUGCAUUUUAUCCAGAGUCGCCGUCGCGCUGCUUUACGACGCCGCGUGAUGCGGGGUGAGGUGAAUCUAGAGGCGCUAGGUAUCAAAAGGCUAAUGGUGCCGAUGCAUCAUAUCCUGACUUUCCCUUUAUUUACUUAUAAUUACGACCCACCAUUACCAUCACCAUCAUCGCCUACGUCGGUCAAAUCCCCACAGAAGAUAGGGCGGAGGUCAUCAGAAGGUAGUCGAAUACCUGCUAGCGUAAGGAUUGAGAAGAGCGAUUGGACCAUCGAUUAUCAACCUGCGUGCCUCAUCUGCUUGGAGGAUUUCGAGUCUAAGAAAACGAUCAUCCGUGAACUACCUUGCGGCCACAUUUACCACCCCGAAUGCAUUGACGAAUUCUUGGGCCAAGUUAGCUCUUUAUGUCCUUCCUGCAAAGCAUCAAUGCUGCCUCGCGGUUACUGUCCAAAGAUAACCAAUUCGAUGGUACGUAGGGAGUUUGGCACUCGAAAGCUAAGGUCUAGUGGCGCGGUGAUCACCGUGGACGUCGAAAGGGGUCGUCAGAGAUUAUCCUCAUGGAGUAGCUCUAUGAAGAAGCACAUAUGCAAGAUUUCACCUCCACAGCCGGAAGAAGCUAUCGACUUACAAGAGCAGCCAAGGGAUGAUAGAUCAAGCACAGUCGGAACGACACGAGAUCGCAUGCAGGACCUUGUAGUACCCGUUGACGAAACGAACAGCGACGACGGGCGGCCUCAAUGCAAGUCGCGUCGCCACACUAGCGGGCCUAGAAGCUAACAUAUCAAUAGGGAAACGCACAGCUCUCAAAGUCUUCCCGGGAUUUAGGUGACGGUUUAGCUAUUAAUCGGAUAUUACACAUUAAAAACUAUUGGCAUCAUUUAG